AUGGCUAAGUCUGAGCCCGAGCCAAUUGCUCUUGAUGGUCCGUUGAGGGAAUAUCGCCGAAAGGCCACUUUUGACUGGUAUAAGCUGAAAGUAUUCCUGGAAGGUGAAGAGAGCGUUCAUUUCAAGGAGCGAUGCUACAAAAUCCUUGAAAAGGACGCUUUAUUUGAACGUAAUUGGCGAUCACUUACCGUAGACGAGAGUCGCGAGCUGAAUUUCAAAAGAUGGAAAAAAAUUAUGGAAUAUGCAUUCAUUGAUGAGAAUGAAUCAAUUCAGUCGUUACUUAACAGCGAUAAUGAAAACACAUAUAGAUUGCUGGAUUUGCUAGACAUUCUCGAAGCUUACGAUCAAGGUUUAUCGGCCAGAUUCGCCGUCACAAGAAUUGGCUUUUUCACAACUUUACUAACAUUGGGAACUGAGCGACAUAUGCCUCUACUAGAGAAAUGUAUCAAUAAUGAGAUUGUUGGAUGUUUUUGCUUAACAGAACUCGCACACGGUUCGAAUGCGAAUCAGAUUCAAACAGAAUGUCAUUCAGCAACACACGCAAUUGUAUUUGCUCAAUUGUUUCUGCCAAAUGACAGUCAAAGUAGAGGUGUGCAUGCAUUUUGUGUUCAAAUUCGUGAUUUGGUGUCACUUGAACCCUUCGACGGCGUUGAAAUCGGUGAUAUCGGUGAAAAAUCCGGAGAUUGGAACGGUUUUGAAAAUGGAUGGAUUAAAUUCAAUUCGUACACGAAUCAACGAGAUCAGUUAUCAGCCAUGUUUGGCGCGCUGUCGAUCGGGCGCAUUGGUAUAAUUGGUAAAGGUGCAGUCGCGACAAAUUUGGCUGCUGUUAUCUCAAAUUUGAGAGUAUUUGCUCGCUUAGUAUUUUUGAUGGAAUUUAAGGAAGCACUCACAAGAGAGAUUCAUGCUUUAUCAAGUGCCACCAAAGCGAUAUCAACAUGGGCUGCAGUUGAUUGUUUGUCUGAGGCUCGUUCUGCGUGUGGAGGGCAUGGAUUUCUGAAAUGUUCUCGACUGAAUGAUCUUCGCGAUUCAUUCGAUGCAGCACAGUCAUUCGAAGGUGAAAAUAACGUAUUGCUGCAGCAAACUGCAAAAAUCCUCUUAUCGAUGCUUAAACAAACUGAACAUCUUCCUGAAACACCACUGAAUUCAUUCGCAUUCUUGAAACGACCUCCAACUGCUUUCAGCGGAUGGACUCAUGAUAUCAUUACAGAUGUUAAACACGCUUACCACUGGCUAAUAAUCUAUCUGGCUGAACGAAGUCAACAGAAAAUCGACUCGAAUAAAGCGUCGGGAAUGAAUGAAACAGAGGCAUUCAAUAAUGCGCAACCAGCUGAUUACUGUAAGCCGUUGGCAGUGGCGUACGGUGAGCGAACGAUGAUUGGGUGGUGCAGCGAUACCGUAAACCAACUAGCACCGUCUCCUUUACAAGACGUUCUCCAUCAAAUUCUAGUGGUCUACGCACUUUUCACCAUUCGCAAACAUAUUGCAACGCUUUACAUUGGUUGGUUUUCGCUGAUAUUAUUAUCGUUUGAUUAUUUGGUUAUGUUUCGACCCAUUUGUGCUUGA